AUGAUUCGUAAAGUAUCCGCUACUUCUAUUCUUUUGGCAUGUGCUUUGAUGACAGCUCAAGCUCAAGACCCUAUGGCUGUACCCACCACCAACAUGGCAUCCAUCUUUCAAAACAUGGUCAACUAUUUCAACGAACAUCCAUUUACAGAUUCAGCUGGCAGACCCUCUCAAGCUUUCCAGAGCAUGCUUCGUCAAAUGCAAUCUACCGAGGCCGCCAAUGCCAAUCCUGCUACUGAUUCAGCUGCUAAUGUUGCUUUGCCCGUCGCUCCUCCCACUGUCGCUGAUAUCGGAUUGCCUGCCGUCGCUGCACCAAUGGCCAACAAUGUCAAUGCUGCGAUCAAAAGCGCUCCUGCUGAUAUCCCUAUCGCUUUAGCUGCUGGUGUACCUGCCUCGGUUGCUGCUGCUGCUGCUAUUCCUGCUAAUCAAAAACCUGCUCAACCAGUUGUUCCGGCAACCCCUGCUCCUCCAAUGCAACCACUGGCUGCUCCUGCUACUCAAGAAAAUGCUGUAGUCGUUUCUGCCGAACCUGCUCCCAAUGCUGCUGAACAACCCGCUGUUGCUCCUGCCACUCCUCAAGGCCCAUCUGCUGUUGCCGAGCCUGUAGUAUCCACUAAUCCUGUCGCCUCCAAUGUAGCAGUAGCUGAACCUAUUGUGCCUGUCACUACUGUAACUCCUUCUCAAACCUCUGCUGUGCCUCCAGUAGUUGUGCCCACUACUUCUGCUUCUCUUUCUGGUUCAGUUACGACAGGUACUUCCAUGAUGACCAGAACCAAUGCCAUGAGCACAGCUUCUUUGUCUGUCACUCGUUCGCUCACGAGCAGUGCCUCUGCUUCCAGAUCUGCUUCCCCCACAAUGACAAUUCCUCCUAUUUCUGCAUCCAACAGCUUACAACAAGGUCAUCAUGUCUUGCUCUCCAUGACAUUGGGUUUGGUGGCUGUCAUUGUUACCAUGAUCUCGUCAUAUUAA